AUGGCCAUCAGUCCCUCCUUCCACCGCUACAGCCUCUUCUCGUCUUUCCUCUUCCUCCUCGACCUCAAGGCGGGAUGUACUAUCCUGACCCUCUUCAAUCUCUUCAAUAAGAGUGCAGGCGUAUUCGGUCUUCUGGCCAUCUUCCAGGGAGGAACGCUGGCUCAGCUCACGCUGUAUGCUUACAGCUUGGGUACAAUCUUCAUCAGUCUGUGGGGUCUACGAGGGAUCAGUGAGGAGUCAGCCCCUACUGUCCUCUUGUAUGCCCAUAUGUACUUGGCCGACCAUCUCGUCUCAUCUCUGUGGUCAUUCUACUUCUUCCAGGUCGUCUACCACUACACCGAGCACAAUGGCCAGCCGCCUCCGCUCUCGAAAUAUCAAGAAGGACUCAUGUCUCUGAUUGAGUCGAUUGAGUCCCAAUACGAGACCAAGGGUGUUCAUCAUGUUCCGCUAGUAGGUGACGCGAGGGUGGAAGCAGCUCAGCAAGUAUGGAGGGGCGAGAGCAAUUUCUCGGGUACAGUCCUCAUCAUUGGCUGGUUCAUCAAGAUCUACUUUGCGCUCCUUCUAUACUCUUACGCUCUCCAUCUGCGUCACGGUACCUAUCAAUCACUACCCCUCUCCAAGCCUUCUGGCUCCACCACAGCAGAGAACCGCAAUGGCUAUCUGCCAGUACGGGCAUCGAUCACAAUAGAGCGCGGCGAGGGCCGUACUACUGUUCCUUCGGGAGAGAGGACAGGACCAGCGAGGACCCUCGAAGACGAAGUGUUACCAGGCUGGAGCGAUGAUGAGCUAUCCGAUGACGAAGCCGGUGCUGGUGUUGGCAAGCCUGGCCGGAAAUCUGGGGGAGGACAAGAGGGGAGAAGGACCGACAAUAGCCAGUCUGCACGGAGCUAA